CAGUGGAAAGAUGCAGUCAGUAGUAGCUUGGUAACACAGAACCGGCUCGAGCUUCAGCACUACCGGCAGCAUCAGCAUCAGCAGCAUCAGCACCAGCAGCACCUAUAGCCAUCAUGGUUCUCAUCUGGACACAGUUUGGCGUGAAGCAUAAGAACGUCAAGUGCAAGGUGCGAGUGAUCCACGGCGAGGAAAGCUGGACCUCCGAGGAGGUGCAUGAGGACCCUGAAAUACCCAGUCCUCCUUCUUCACCAGUGUGUGUAGACCACUAUGCUGUGUUAGGGGUGUCAAGCGACUCGAACGAGGAGGAGAUCAGACGCGCAUAUAAACGGCUGGCACUUCGCUAUCAUCCCGACAAAAAUCCAGAUGCGGAUGCAGAGGAGAAGUUCAAACAGAUUGCACAAGCCUAUGAGAUCCUUACAGAUUCUGAAAAGCGCAGCCUUUAUGACCAGCAAGGUUUGUCUAAGGGACAGAUGUCUUCUGCAAAAGCAGACCCAACCCCCAGUGGCCCCAAGGUCGACACCCAUGCCUGGCGCAUCUUCUUCAACUUUGAGUUCGACUCAGAUGAGGACCUCUUCAACCCGUUUCUGAGGAACCCUCAACCCCACCUGGGUCGUCACCACAGCAACAAGACGGGGUCCCACCCUGGGGGUGCAAGUGAAGUGCAUGACCUCUACGUGUCUCUGGAAGACAUUCUGACAGGUGUAACAAAGCGUGUCAAAGUCACUCGGCUCCGUCCCACAGAAAAGAACACACUUCAGCCAGAGGAACGUGUGAUCGAUGUAGAGGUGAAGAAAGGAUGGAAGGAAGGGACCAAGAUCACCUUUCCAGGGGAGGGACAAGGGGCGUCAGGCCAUGGCCCGAAUGACCUCACGUUUGUGGUCAAAGAGAAGAAGCAUAGCCACUUCAAACGGGAAGGGUCCAACAUCGUCUACACAGCCACCAUAACGCUCAGAGAGGCAUUAUGUGGAUGUACUGUUAGUAUCCCCACUCUUGAUGGACAGUCAAAGCCUGUCCCCUGCAGCGAUGUCAUCAAGCCUGGCUCAGUGAGAAGACUAAUCGGGGAGGGGCUUCCCCGGGCCAAGAACUCAGCCCAGCGUGGUGACCUGUUGGUCGAGUUCCAGGUGGUGUUUCCUGAGCGCAUCCCACCAUCCAGCAAGGAGAUCAUCAAACACAGCCUUGGACAAUGUUAACACAAAAAUGCAAACUCACACAGAUCUAGUGAGGGUGGUAGCAUCAAUUUUUUGUCUCUGUGAGGCAUAUUGUGUGCCGGACUGUACACACAUGCACACAAAAUAUCAGCAUCAUAGAUAGUCCAUAGAUUUUAGACAAACACACACAUUACACUCAGACCUACCACCUAUAGUCAUAAGACAGACAGGUACACACAAAUGCAGACACUGAUACACACAGAGGUGCUACUCUUAAAGUAUCAACACACAUCCUGUAUGUAGCAGGACGUGACAUGCUCUAUGGGAGAGGGCUCGAUGGCCUCCUUUAGGAAAUUGCUGUUCCUAUGAUGACCAUCUCAACUUGCUCUAAACAAUGACAAAUUUGUACUUGUGUACAGAAUCGUCAAUUAAUUAGUCUCUAUGAGAGAACCUGUGUCAUGUUUCAAUGAAUUAUUUAUAAAGGAUAAUUAUAUGAAGAUUUCAGUGUGCUGUAUAAUCUGGCAUGUAGGCUAAGCCUGUAUGAAAAGCAUGUUUUUUAUGUACAAAUAAAGACUUUAUUAAAUAAA